AAUCAAAAAGUGGUGGCAACACAUUAAAUUUAAAACAAGGAUAACCAAGCUUAUUUUGUAUUUUUAUAACCAAAAACGCUGUGCUAAAAAACCCCAUAAAGUGCUUUAAACGUUAACAAACUAAUUAAGUAAUAAAUAAUUAAAAAUUUUGAUACUAGCCCAAAACAUGCCUUAUCCAAGGAGUUUCCGUUCGAUGCGUGUUUAUUUUCGCAAAAGUUUACAGUUAGGAUUAAAGAUGAUCUCUCUGGCCAGAGACAUUUAAUAUCAUCCAAAAUGGCUGCAUCCAUAUAUGCCACCCCACCGCCAGAUCUGAGCAGCGAGGACACUGCUCUCUCCGACGUCUCCAACUCAUCGACACUCAACACGAACAGGAACAACCACACCAGCAGUAGCAGCAGCAACAAUCCACAUGAAGCCACAGGAGCAACAACACCCACAGCCACAUCAGCCACAUCCAGUGGAGCAACAGGAGCGGGAGUGGGAGUGGGAGUGGGAGGCACUUCACCCACCGCCCACUUGGUCAAGGCAAUGGAGCUGCAACUGGAACCCCAGCCAGCGGGAAGCGGCACAAAUGAAGCGGACCACUUGGUGGAUGCGGGGCAGGGGCGCAAGGAGGCGGAGGAAGGGGAGGAGGAGGAGGAGGUGGAGGAGGGGCAGGGCGAUGCCAACAUGGCCACAAUGGCGGCAGCCAUGCAGCUGCAGCUCCUGGAGGCCCUAAGCGAUGCAGCCAAAAAGCGACGCAAACAGCACAAUCCCAGUCGCUUGGAGGCACUAAAUUUGAGUGGCGAAUCCACUGGUGAUGUGGGUCAAAAGAGAGAUACCUCCACCGUGGACUACGAGGAGAAGUUGUCCAAGAUGUUCCUUCCCAAGUCCAUUGAACAGCUGAAGGAGACCUUCGAAAUGCUGAAGCAGCAGAAGCAAGAGGAGGAGCAACUGCAACCCGAACCGGAAGCGGAAACGGAAACGGAAACAGAAGCCAUGCCAGACAUAUCAGAACCGAGCAAGCAGCGCGAGAAUCCCUAUCACACUUAUUGCAAACAGUGUGGCGAGAGUUUCGAAACGGAGUUCAAAUUGAGCCUGCACAUGUUGCAGGAUCAUGGGGAUGAUAGAACGGGUGAACAGGAUCCCGCUGACUUCCUGGCCUCCAUUAAGGUGAAACUGGAACGUGCCGAUAUUGCCAGUCCGCAGUUGCAGGAGCAGCAAAUGCAGCAGGACCUCAGCAACGGGCAUGGCAAGGAUAUGGAGCGAGAGCAGGAGCACUGGUUCCAGGCCAUGCAGGCCCAACAUCAUCCGCAUGGUCAUGGUCCCCAAAUGCCGCCCACCUUUCCCUUUCCCCCCGAGGCAGCCUUGGGUCCAGCUGGAUACCUGCCACUGCUUGGGAUGUCUGGGUUCCCAGGAGUGGAUGGCCUCAAUCGUCCUCCAUUGAGGAUCUUCAAUCCCGAGGCCUACUGCGAGUUGUGCAACAAGGAGUUCUGCAACAAGUAUUUCCUCAAAACGCACAAGGCCAACAAGCAUGGCAUCUUCGAUCCCGUGGGUGAAUCGAGCACCUCGAACACUUCCAGUCACCACAACAACAACAACAACAAUAUCACCAGUAGUAACAACAAUAACAGUGGCCAUCCGAAUCCCAGUAUGAGUUCCAUGAGUCAAAUGUUCCAGUUGCAGAGGGAGGCGAAUCAGGUGGCCAAACAGGAACCCAUUCCAGGUGGUGCAGCAUCCACGACUCCCGUGGCCUCUGUCCACUGUGACAUCUGUUCCAAGCGGUUCACCAACAUCUUCGCCAUGCGUCGUCAUCGGGCCAAGCAGCAUGACACUCAGCCUGCUCAGGAUUCGCCCACUUCGCAGACUCCCCUGCAAUCGCAAUCCCUUCGCGGCAGUCCCAAUGAGGCAUCGCCACCGCAAAUUAAGCAGGAAAUGUCACAGGAAGCGGAGCUCCCCAAGCCGUAUCAAUUGCCCGAGGGUUUCCGCGAGGACUUCACCCUGGAGCAGGAGGAGCUGAGCUUUGUGCCGCCGCCCCGGAAGUUGCCAUCGCACCUCCACCAGCAGGCCAAGGAGGCCAACUUCAGUCCGGACAAGCUGCGUCGCCUGGGCGUCCAGUUUCCCGACUUCUUCUGCGAACUGUGCUACCGCGAGUAUGCCAAUCGAUACUUCCUGCGCACCCACAAGUGGAAGCGCCACGGUCUGUUCGUGCCCCCCGAAGAUGUGACACCGCAGCCGGGUGGCAAGGAUGAGGGCCAGAUGCCCAGUGCCUGGCCCUUUAUGCCCCUCAAUCUGAUGCUGGCCAAGGCGGCGGCUGCCACCAUGGAUCAGCAGGAGCAGGAACGCGAGCGAGAGGCUCCUGAGGCAGAACCCGACUCCGAGCAGCCCAGUAAGAGGAUCAAAUUGGAACAGGAGGCAUCACCAUCCGAGGGCUAUGACGAGGACAAGCUAAACGGGUCGGUGGUGGGAUUGCAGAAUCUCCAGAAACUGCAGUCCAUGUUGCAGCAAUUGAACGACAUCAAUGGCAAGCGUCCCCUGCCCUGUCAUCUGUGUGGCCAGGAGCAGGAGAAUCAGUACACCCUGCGGGCUCACCUCAUGACCGAGCACGCCGGCCAGAUGCAACUGCCCAUGCCCAUGCCGAUUCCACUGCCCGAUCAGCAGGCACCCCAUCCCAUGGUCAGUUUGUACCACGCCCAGGGCAAUCCCCAGACACCGCCGGCUCCAGGAGCCAGAUCCCCGCCUGGGGGCGAUCUCCGCUGCCAGCAAUGCGAUCGGGAUUUCGCCACAGCCCAGGAAUUCAAGCAACAUAUCGCCGAGGUGCACAUGGGCAGGAAUGGAGGACUGAGUGGAAGUCCCCUGCGCGAUGGCUUCUUCACGCCCGAACGCCCAGUGGCGCCGCCAGCGGGCGGAGCCGGUGCUCCUUCCAUUCCAGCCGGAAAUCGUCCAGCCUACACCCUAACGCCCACCAGCAGCUACUGCGAGAUCUGCAACAAGGAGCUGUGCAACAAGUACUUCAUGAAGACCCACAUGCAGCGAAUGCACGGCAUCGAGAUCGAGAAUGGCGCCCAAAUCGGCGGCGUUGUGUGCAACAUCUGCAACAAGGAGCUGUGCAGCAAGUACUUCCUGCGAGUCCACAAGCACAACACCCAUGGCAUCAUCGAGGAGGGAUCCCCCCUCCCCCAGCCGAGGGGUCAGAACGGGGUCAAGAUGGAGGCUGCUGCCGCAGCAGCAGCAGCUGCAGCAGGAUCACAGCCAUCGCAGCAGGAUCAGGACCUGAAUGUCUCACCAACCACAGUGGAGGGCGGUGCUCCAUCCAACUCCAAUCACGAGGUCUGUCCACUCUGCUCGCGCCAGUUCCGCAGCUUUAAGUGGCUGCGAUCGCAUCUGAUGAACGAGCACGGAACCGCCGGAGUGGAACGCCUCAGGGAGAUGGACACCACUCAAUCCUCGGGACGCAGCAAGCCCAACAGUCCCACGCUCAAGAUUCCCAAUGGCAGUAGUGGUAACCCAACUCCAGCGGGCGCGGGAGCCGGAACUGCCGCUCCUAAUCUCGCCCAGGCCCUGCAGAACCUCAAUGCCCAGCACCUCUUUGGGCAGAUGCAACAGCAGCAGCAGAUGCCCAAGAUGCCACCACUUCCGCUGCCGGGAAUGUUUGGCGAACCGGCGUCCCGGUUCAAGGAGUACCAGUGCUCACUGUGCCCCUUCACCACGCCCUACUACGCCUUCCUCUUCAUCCACGAGCGCUCGCAUGCCCUGCUCAACAAUGGCGGCGAGGCCAUGGAGUUGCCCAUGGAGACGCCGGCACCGCAACCCUCAAGAAAUCCGGGUAAAUCCCGCAGCAAGUCCAGCAAGGCGGUGGCAGCACCUCCUCCCAUUAAGUCCGAAGAACCGGAGCCACCAUUGGAGCCCACCAACCUCAGCACCUCGGCCCCCAAAGUGGCGACCCAUUCCCAUUCCCCCAUAACUGGAGCAGGAUCUCCAUCUCCGGCCAACUACUCCCCCAAAGCAACCAGCUCAUCUUCGCCCAAGAUUCAACGUCGUCGAUCCUCCUCCUCGAAGCCUCCAACCACGCCCAAUGGUCUGGGCAGUGGAAAUGGAAACGGAAACGGGGGCCAUCGAUCGGCGGCCACCUCCCCUUUUGAGGGCUGCGGCGAGUUGGCCAACGGAAGUGGCAAGCCGGCCAGCUAUGCGCAACCGGAUCGGGCCGAGGAAGCAUAUCAGAUGCAGGCCUUCCACCUGCAGCCCGCCGACGCCGACUCGGAGAUGCAGUUUGCCCCCGCCCUGGUCUAUCUGCCCGUUAGGGUUCGGGCCUCGGAGUCGGCCACGCUCAGCUUCCGGCUAACACCGGCCUAAAGGUGCCACAUGCAACAGGUAUAGUGUUGCCAGCGUAAGUUCAAGCCAUAGAAACCAAAGAAACGAGGUUUGGGGUUUGGGACACUCUAUAGCAAUCCAACUUCAAAAGAAACUCUUUUUAAAUUUAAACAUUUUGGAAACUAAAGUAAAACACAGAGUGUCCCAUUCCCCGAGCUUUCAAUCCCCCCCCACUUAAUAGUUAAGCAAACGAAGUUAGGAACAUGAACAAGACAAAAUAGUGGAACUACAAAAGACUGAGUGCGCAUAUUAGUUGAGCUCAUAAUUAAACUUAAAUAUACAAAAACCAUAAUAACGACAACAACAAUCGAUCAAUAUCUAAGCCCGAUAUCGGGCCAAAAAGUUCACCAUGUCCAACAUGGCACUAAUCAAAUCUAUAGCCUAUAACACAACAAGAACAAGUCCGUUUCAGCUGGCAACACUCUGCUAACCAUCAAAAUAAGAUCUAUAUAUAUAUAUAAAUAUAUAUACAUAUAUUUUGAUAGACGCAUGACACAGCGUAAAGCAUAACAUACCGCAACCUAUAACAUAUAUCUCUAGUGAUUAACUAUCAAAGUUCCUAUGCGUAAUAGUAAUUUAUCGUAAACGAGUUGCAGAAACCAAAAAAAUGAAGAGAAGGAGAACGGAGGGUGAGAGGAAUCUAAAUACGUACAUAGUGUAGGCGAAGGGGAGGCAAAAAAUGGAGGGACAGACCCAUUGGAAAAAUACAAUAUAUACCACUUAGAAGGAAUAUAUAUCGUAGUAGCAGCAGCAUAAAAUCAAAAUUACAAUUAUACAUUUCUCAUCUAGAUAUGGCGUGGGUUUGUCGUGCUUAGGUUAGAGUUGAAAAGUCCCCGGGGGAUCGGCAUAUAUAUGGCAUAUAAACAAUGCUAUGGUAAGGCUUCAGCACAAAACAAAUUGCUCAAAAUCAAAAUCUUUAUAGCGAAGACUACACUCCUAGGAUGUUCUGAAAGAUGGCCCUUGAAUAUCUCCACUUCUAUUGAUUAUCAUCCUCUGUAGCAAACACUCUUGUAUUAACCGUAUCUGAACCAAGUUAUAUCCAAGGAAAUGUCUUCACUAAAACAUAAUUCUAGCGCACAACGUGUACAUAAAAAGUUGUUAAAGAUAACACCAUUAAAAGUUCAGAUUUACGAAGGGGAGGGGUCAAUACGAGAUAGAUUGGGAGAAAACUAGCGCCGGAAGGUAAGAAUUAAGAACAUUUAAACGACUCAGGGCAAAAGUACAAUGACCAUUAGUACUUUUUUAUACAAACAUAUUUAAAGAAACCAAACAAGCAUACGCAAGUAAAAUAUUACCAUAAUAAUAAAUUAAAUAUAUUAUGAAUCGUUAAUAAAGAUAACAAAAAUGCUACCUCAGACGGACUUGAAAACAAUAAUUAAAAUAAAAUGAAUUUAUAACGAAAAUCUACGAAACCAUAUAAACAUAAAAUUGCAGCAAAAGCAACUCUUAAAGUUUAAACCAAUUUUUGUAGUAACUUUACCUCAAAACAGAAUUACAUUUUAUGGUUUAUUCAAAAUUCUAUUAUAUAUCCUAUCAUUUAAUUAACCAUUCUAAGUUUGAACAUUCCAAAGACCAGAACUAGUCGCAUAAACAAGAACCAAAAGAUUCUAGUCAAACGUAUAAUAACAAAAAUAUUUUAAAAUAUAAAAACAAAAGCCAAAGUCAGAUCCAUCAACUCUUCAAAUUUGGGUGACGAAUUUCGCAGAUUAUUUUUUAGUGUUUAAGGAAUUUGUUCUUCGGUGAGAAGAGUUGCCCAAUUUGAGUUGAUGGCUCCAAGAUUAAUAUGGAUCGGCGAAAACUAUUUGCUAUAUUUGAAAUUUCAUUUUUUUAAAAACGUGUGUUUUUUAAAAUGCUGCGUGCCUUUUAGCAAAUACUUCGUCGAGUCCACAACAGCGUAAAUUUGAACUUAAAAGUCGAAAUUAAAUUUUACACAUAACUACAAAUAUAAAUCGUAAUUUUAUUUUAUAUUCCACUUAUUCCUUAGUUAUUAUAUCUUACUUUAAAUAUGUAUAUAUGUAUUAAAUAAAUGUCAUGCAAUUUGUAUUUGUUAAACUUGAGUUUCUUUUAUUAUUUUGAUGUUGAUUUCUGAUAUCCCAAUUUACAAGCCACCGCAUGUUUUUCUUUUUUUUUACCACUGAUUGAAGUGUGCCAGACUCGAGUCCAAUCCAAGGUCUUAAAAAAUCAGUAUCUUCAACUUAUUGACUGUGAAGUUGUCGUCGAUAGGGGAAGACCUUUUCCUUUGUUUCAUUUUUUGAAAAACGUUCCCAUAGGGGACCUUCAUUUUUCGGGGUGUUAUAUGCUGGUCCAACGCCUUGGCUGCUUCAAUUAUCAAAUUGCCAUUUGAUUCAAUUUGUCAACAAUAGUCUCAAGCAUAUCUGCGACUUGCUUAAUCAUUUUAAAAAACUCACAAGCAGCUGGGUUUCCUUUCCUCUCCUCUUUUAAAUGUAACCAAAAACAGCACCCUCAUAAAAAAAGGAAAAAAACAUAAUAAGUGAAACUGUUUCCGGUUUUGGGUCAGGCCUUGACCAACCCUCUGAUUAGUAUGUUUGCAUUAAAAAAUACAUCUGUAUGAAUGGCUAUAUUCCGCUGGAAAAAACAGAAACUACGAUAACAAAAACCCAGCAUGGUGAUGUGAGGGUCAAGUUGGAGGGUCAGGUCAGCAGCUGCAGUUGUUUGAAGUUCUAAAAAAAAGUUCCUAAGCCGGAAUCAAAAUCGAUAUUGCCAUGGCUAUUGAUUAAAUACAGCCACCCUCUGAGUUUGGAAUCUCGCCCGUUUUGGGCAGUUAAUUAUUUGUCACGUGUCCAUGCAAAUUUCAUCUCAUUGAUUACGGACAGAUAUUCGAUACUUUUCCGGCUGCCGGCGCUGCAAUUAAAGAUUGACUUGAGCAACAACCCCCAGGUUGACCAGGGGAUGGUAGGCAAAUUUCAUAAAUAUUUUCCCGAGUUUUUCCGAUAUU